AACACUGGCUAUGGAGCUCAGGGCGGUGGCCAACAGCUCGCCUCCCCGGGCAGUUGUCUCCCGAUCUUCCGCUCGCACAUGUUCAUUGAGUGCACCGCCAAGGGCAUGUGCGGAUUUUUCGAGGAACACAAACACUUCUGGCUCCGCGUGAUGCCCAGCAAGAUGGAUGAUCACAUGUUCGGCAUGGUGAUGGGCCAGGUAAUAAAGGUGCGACAGAGCCAAGACUCGGUCGGCAAGUGCAUCGUCUGUAUGCGGACAAAACCACUGCGCAAUUACUUCCUACUUUGA